CAGGGGGGCGGCGGCGGGUUGGGGGGCGGCGGGGCGCGGGGCGCCGCGCUGGCGGGGAGGCGCGGGGGGGCCCGGCGGCGGCACGGGAGCCCCGCGAAAGGGCCCCAAGAAGCACAAGUUGGAGCUGGCGGCGGACCAGGCUGUUGUUGUUCUCAACGUGGUCCGCCCCGCGCCCAUAUAAAGGGCGGCGGCGGCGCCCGCCCCACCAGAGCGCGGCGGCGGCGGCGCGGAGCCGAGCGGAUCGGAGUCAGAUAGCAGCGCGCCGCGCCGGGCCUCCGCCACGCCGCGGCUGCCCCUGCACGCCCCCGCCUCCGUCCUGCGGCCCGCGUCCCCGCGGCACCAUGUCGGUGGAGCUGGAAGAAGCCGAUCUGCCCUUGACCGAGGCAGAGGAGGUGCCGCUUGCCCCGGAGAAGAAAGCCGCCGCUAAAAAGGCGAAAGGCGGCGGCGGCUCCUCGUUGUCGCCGUCGAAGAAGAAGAAGAACAACAAGAAGAAGAACCAGCCGGGCAAAUACAGCCAGCUGGUGGUGGAAACGAUCCGCAAGCUGGGCGAGCGCAAUGGCUCCUCGCUGGCCAAGAUCUACAACGAGGCCAAGAAGGUGGCCUGGUUCGACCAGCAGAACGGCAGGACUUACCUGAAGUACUCCAUCAAGGCGCUGGUGCAGAACGACACGCUGCUCCAGGUCAAGGGCACCGGCGCCAACGGCUCCUUCAAGCUCAACAGGAAGAAGCUGGAAGGCGGCGGCGACGGGGGCACGGGCAGCAGCGCCCACAAGUCCCACAAGAAGGCAACGGCCUCCACGUCCCGGCGGGCGGAGAAGAAGCCGGCGGCCAAGAGCAAGAAGCCCGAGAAGAAAUCCCACAAGAAGGGAGCCGGCGGCGCGGCGGCGAAGAAGGACAAGGGCAAAGCCAAGAAGGCCACCAAGAAGGGAGCCGCGUCCCCCGGGGGCAAGAAGGUGAAGAAGUCCGCAAAGCCCAAGGCGCUCAAGAGCAGGAAGGCAUGAGAGCGGGGCGCAGGGAGCCCCCCGCCGCCCCCCCGGACUGUGAGCCCCGCGGCACAGACUGCUCUGAGGACGGACCCCAGGGGACCCGCUUUGUCUUUGUGUUGCUGACUCGGCUCCGCAGCCGCCGCCGUGCGCGGUGAGCGGGGCUGCGGUUGCCCCAGCCCCCCCCCCCCCCUCUCCUUCUCCGACGCCUUAUUUUUUCCAUCCGGCCCCCACCCCGCGGCUUCUGCCCGAUCGCGCCCUUUUGUUUUCGGCCGUGCCCCUCCCCGCGUGUAGACGGUUCUCGACCCCUUCCCCCCCCCCCCCCCCCCCCCGCGUCCCCUCCCCCCGUCUCCCCGGUGCUUUACAGGGUUUUUUCCCGCCCGGUUUCCAUAGCAGCCAUUUUGCGGCGGCGCCCCCACUGCCCCCCGCGCCACGUGGGCCGGCUCCCGCCGCCCGGGCCCGCUCCGCGCCCCCGCCCCGCCCCUCCCGCCGGGCGCACGGUGCCUGCUCGCAGCGAUUUCGAAAAGCCACGGCGCCCCCUAUUGGCUCCCGGCCCCCGGCGCCAUGGCAACGGCCCGUUGGGCGCCAAUUGGCUACCGCGGCGUCGGGGCGCUCUUAAAGGGCCGGCGCUCGCGGGCGGCCGCCCGCCCCCUGGCGGGACAGCCUGCGGGGGGGCCCUCGGGUCGCCGGUUCAGGUCGCAUCUUCAAUGGCCUUUAAUUUUUUUUAAUCGUUUUUGGGUUGGUUUGGGGAUUUUUUUCUUUUGGGGGGGGAGGGUGGGGUUUUUGUUUCCGUUGGGGUUUUUUUUCCUUUUCAUUUAUCGUCGUUUCAAAUAAAUUGUUAAAAAAA